CUUUCUUACGCCCUCCGAGCCAUUAACUACCCAACCCACGUAAUUUUGAUUAAACUUUCGUUUUCUUUAAUACCAAAAAAAAAGGGAAAAAAAGAAAAAUCAAAUCAAGUCUCUGUUCUUGUUAACCAGCUCAACUCUCUCUCUUUCUAUAUGUAUAUAUAAAAACAAAUAAAACCAUAGCCAUCGAUUCAUUCAUUUCCAUCUUCAGCCGCUUCAAGACUAAUUGUUAUUGUUGUUAUAAUUUUAUAAUUAUUAUUGUUAUUAUAUCUUUGCAAUCGAUGAAGGCACGAGCCAGUGCUAAAGUCUCUGUGAAAUGGAUUCCAUUUAUCUGCGUGUUUUCUUUCGUUCUUGGAAUUCUCUUCUCCAUCAGUUUGAAACGCAGGGCCUGGGACCCGUCUGAAUCUAACGGUCAGCAGCUCAUCGCUCAACAUCGACAUGAACAAGAGUUGCAACUCGUCUCUGAAGAUUCUACUUCUCAAAAGCUUUCAAAUGAUAAAGAUGUGAUGGGUGAAGUCCUGAAAACACAUGAAGCAAUCCAAUCACUAGACAAGUCAAUUGCAAUGCUUCAAAUGGAGAUAGCAGCAUCUAGGAGUUCUCAAGAAAUGAACUUGGAUGGUGCUUCUUCUGUUGUCACGCCUCAUCUUGAGGGCCCACCUAGGCAGAAAGUCUUCAUGGUUAUUGGGAUUAAUACAGCUUUUAGUAGUAGAAAAAGGCGUGAUUCCGUUCGCGAGACUUGGAUGCCUCAAGGGGAGAAGCUUGUUCAAUUGGAGCGUGAGAAGGGAAUUAUUAUUCGGUUCAUGAUUGGCCAUAGUGCGACAUCCAACAGCAUUUUAGAUAGAGCCAUCGAUUCAGAAGAUGCUCAGCAUAAGGAUUUCCUUAGGCUGGAGCAUGUUGAAGGAUACCACGAAUUGUCUGCAAAAACAAAAAUUUUCUUUUCCACUGCUGUUGCAAAGUGGGAUGCUGAAUUCUAUAUCAAGGUGGACGACGAUGUUCAUGUUAAUCUGGGUAUGCUGGCUGCUACUCUUGCCCGGCAUCGUUCAAAACCCAGGGUGUACAUUGGAUGUAUGAAAUCUGGACCUGUUCUUUCUCAAAAGAAUGUCAAGUAUCAUGAACCAGAAUAUUGGAAAUUUGGAGAGGAAGGGAACAAAUAUUUUCGACACGCAACCGGCCAGAUAUAUGCAAUCUCAAAGGAUCUCGCCACUUAUAUCUCCAUCAACCAGCCCAUAUUGCAUAAGUUUGCUAAUGAAGAUGUGUCGCUUGGAUCAUGGUUUAUUGGACUUGAAAUUGAGCACAUUGAUGACCGCAACAUGUGCUGUGGGACUCCACCAGAUUGUGAGUGGAAGGCACAGGCAGGUAGUGUAUGUGUUGCAUCUUUUGACUGGAGCUGUAGUGGAAUAUGCAAAUCGGUGGAGAAGAUGAAAUUUGUUCAUGAAAGGUGCAGCGAAGGGGAUGGAGCUGUAUGGGGUGCUCUAAUUUGAAAUUAAGUGGAACUGUAUUACUUGGAUGAAGAAAUGUCCGUUUGUGGUUGGCAAAAGACUGGAGAGGCAAUGGCGAUGUUAGAUAAAGAUAGUAUUCCACUUUUUAUAGAAGUUCCCAAACAUAUUGCUUCUUCACCUUCAUGGGGAGGCUUUAUAUAGCAUCUGGGGCACAAUGAGCUUACGGUAUUUAUACAGGAGCUCAUCAUUGAAGAUGCUAGUUAUUGCUUAGACACGGAUUUUACAGGUGUAUUAUUCAACAGACCCUCCGGUGCUUUUGACAAGUGGGAGGAUACAAUAUGAAGAGUAUGUAUACACCACACUAUACUUCCUGAUAGUUGAAGAGUUUCUUAGACCCUCCCAAUCCACCUCCCUCCCAGAAAAAGGUCUAGAACAUGCAAUUGUAAGAUACAGAUUAACCCCAUAGAAGCUUGUUGUAUGCCCAUGUUAGCAGGUGUCGUGUUGUAAUGUUAGCGCCUUAGGAAUUUGAAAUAGAUAUACUUUGUUUAAUCCAGAAAAAGAGAUGGCAUUGCUACGGAUCUCCUAUUCUUUCUUUGUAAUAUUUGUCUAGUGUUUGAUGUUUUGAUCUCUA